AUGGUGGGCAAGGACUGUGUCGCCAUAGCCUGCGACCUCCGACUCGGCAUGCAAGCCCUCACCGUAUCAAACAAUUUCCCGAAAAUAUUCAACUACGCGCCCUCCACAUACCUCGGCCUCACGGGUCUUGCGACGGACGUCUCCUCUGUCUCGGACCUCAUGCGGUACAAGGUCAAUCUCUAUCGUCUCCGAGAGGAGAGACAGAUUUCGCCCCAGACCCUGGCGAACCUAGUGUCGUCGAGCCUCUACGAGAAACGGUUUGGUCCGUGGUUUGUCAGCCCCGUGUUGGCGGGUAUCAACCAUACGACAGGCAAACCGUUUAUCUGCGGCUUUGACAGCAUUGGGUGCAUCGACUUCGCAAAAGACUUCAUUGUGAGCGGAACCGCCAGCGACCAGUUGUUUGGAAUGUGUGAGGGGUUGUGGGAGCCUGAUUUAGGCCCCGAGGAACUAUUUGAGACUGUUUCCCAGGCUCUUCUGAAUGCCGUAGACCGAGAUGCCCUUUCAGGCUGGGGCGCACAUGUAUACAUCAUAGAGAAGGAUAGGGUCACAAAACGGUUGCUCAAGGGACGACAGGAUUAA